GGGCGGGGGGGAAAAAGGGGAAGUUGAGGAGGAUGUCGGGGUGGACACGUUCCGUGAUGUUAAACGUGUUUAUGUGCAGUUGAAGAGGGUUUGAACGAAAAAUAAUUCCCCCUGAAUGUGAGCUGGAGAAGAACUGACUGACGUGUGUAUGUAAAUAUCCGGAUAAAACUCAAGCGAACGACUCAGAGCCUGAACCGACACAGGAGCUCCAUCAUUUUAAAGGCGUUUUCGCUGCUGCUCUAGGCAAGGAAAUGUCAUUUUAUAUCAACUAAACUUGCUAGAAAUAUACAAACAAACGAUAUCGGCGUGUUUUAACAGACACAGCCUAUUGUUUCGGUGUUGUGAACAUCAGGAGUCAGUGUAGCAUAGUGGCUACACAACUAGCUAGCAUGACAAACAAUAAAACAAGUCGAACAUAUACGGGUUUAAGUUAAAAGAAAGGAACAAAACUAGUUCUUGGUGAGGCUUAUUAUGAGUAGUAGCACAUGAUAGCAUCCUUGCUAAAUGCUACCUGGUUGCCUCAUUAGGAGGUUGAUCCAUGGCAUCCUUCAUGAUGUUAGGUAGACUCAAAUAAAUAAAUAAAAUACAAUUAAUAUGGGUUAUAUAAUAAUGUAUCAGCUUUACUGAGCUUCUUAGGCGGAAAUGAAGGCUGGAAAAAAACAUUAACUAAUAUUUUACACACACUUAACCUAAGCCUUGACAUUUCUUUGAGGAGUUAAAGCUCAUAAACAUGCCGAACACCGGCGUCAGCGCGAUGUUUUUGUCCCGACCCGAGGAAGGAAAUGUAGCCGGACACCUGAUGUCCGGAGCCGCGCCAGGGCCGCAGCUGCCCUCCAACUCCUCUCCCGCGGACACGGACAUGAAGGGAUGCGCUAACGGAGACCUGAUGGACAGCUUCGGGAUCUUCCUGCAGGGCCUGCUGGGGGUGGUGGCCUUCAGCACCCUCAUGUUGAAACGCUUCAGAGAACCCAAGCACGAAAGAAGACCCUGGAGGAUCUGGUUUCUUGACACUUCCAAACAGGCCAUUGGGAUGCUCUUCAUUCACUUUGCCAAUGUGUACCUGUCGGACCUUACAGAGGAGGACCCGUGUUCGCUAUACCUCAUAAACUUUCUUUUGGAUGCUACACUGGGUAUGUUGGUGAUUUACGGUGGCGUGAAGGCCGUCAGUGCUGUGGUCGAGUGGAGGCAGUGGGACUCGCUGCGCUUCGGAGAGUAUGGGGAGCCAGUACAGUGCACUGCCUGGGCAGGCCAGUGUGCGCUAUACAUCCUAAUUAUGAUGUUUGAGAAGGUUUUCAUCAUCCUGGUGCUUCUAAUCCCUCAAUGGAAGAAGCUGGCUAUGCUGAACCCCAUCACAAACCCACAGCUGGAGCUGGCUCUCGUUAUGCUAAUCGUGCCGUUCUUCGUCAACGCACUGAUGUUCUGGGUCGUCGAUAACUUCCUGAUGAAGAAAGGCAGGACAAAAGCCAAGCUGGAGGAGAGAGACGUCGGGGACGAUUCACGAGGUAGCAGCAAGGUGCGCUACAGACGAGCGCUCUCUCACGACGACUCCGAAUCAGAGAUCCUGUUCUCGGCGGAUGACGAAAUGGAGGAUUCGGAAGGCGACGAGGACCUGCGCAGGCUCACCACCGGUCUCAAAACGGUUAAGAAAAAAAAACAUCGACUGGGCAUUCCUCCAGGAGAGAUGAAGAAGAAGCGUCCGCCUGUGAAAGUGGAGGACUUGAAAGGGGCCCGCAGUAAGCUGGGCCUGAAGGGAGAAGUGAAGAGUAAAACAUAUGAAGUCAUGGUGGAGUGUGAACGUAUGGGCAAGACAGCUCCAUCAGUGUUUAGUGGAUUGCGCACCGGAACAGAGACUGCACUGGACAAACCCAAAGCUCCAUCAGGGAGUGUCUUCAGCAAGUGAGGAGAUCAGAUCAGGAAACCAUCUGCAUUAAAGGGAAAGAUGGCUGACAGCCCACUGUGGGCCAGUACUUUAAGAACCAUUUUUAAGAAAGGCUGGUGUAUAGUUCUAUGAUGAUUGAACUGGAAUUUGGAAUUACACAUUUGAUCUUAUUUCCAAAUGUUGAAUUAAUUUUUGUAUAAUUUGUACAAUAUUUGGUUGAUUCUUUUGUUCCCAUUUCAAGUCUUAUGUUUUAUACAUUAAAACGUUCUAAUAACAACUUUCCUCCA